ACCCUCGCGCUCAUCGUCACUGGCACUGGCAGCGGGCACUGUCUUAUUUUGCAGCACGCUUCUUGCAUUCCGGACAUAUUUCGCUACAAGAGUUGCAUUUGACGUCGCACUCGGGCCUGAAGGCUCUAGCCAGCCAUGGCGUUCUCCCUCUUCCGCGUCUUCCGUUUCUUCCGGUCAAUAUGCGUCCCUAUGACGGCUAUCAUCGGCUUCUCCUGCCUGCUUACCGUCAUAUUCAUCCUUUACCAGCCUACGCCCGGACCAGGUGAGCUGCAGAGACUGGGCUGGCAGUCCUGGGACACGGUCUCUGUCGAUAUCUCGACGGGUUCCGAGGACGAGACGACUAGUCUUCCUCCCGCAGCUCCCGGUGGGGAUGAUGGAGGUGUCGAUUGGUGGAAUGUAACUACGCCGAAUGACCCUAACGUGGACAGCGCGAGCUUGCCUUUGGAUGUAUGGAAUCCGCUGCUACCGCAUGAUACUGGCCUGUCGGAGAUUGCAAUUGAGAGAUGCAUGAUCAAUCCGAAGAUGGCAAACAGCCUCUGCAGACCAGCUACGACGCCAGAGCAGGACGCAAUCAAAGGUAAAUGGGUCCGCGUCGAGCACGAUCUCAACUUCCAGUCCGGCAUGUGGUAUCUGCACCUAUGGUACCGCCGCACCCGCCGCCUCGACGUCCCCCUCAUAACCGAGGUCCAGCUCCUCCCCGCAUCGCAAGCACCCCCGCCCGCCGACCCUCCCUACGAGUGGCACAAAGUCGACCGCUCGAUCCGCGACGGCGUCCCGCGCACGCCGGGACUAUUCCUCUGGUACAAGACCGGCAAAACGACGCGCGAGAUGACGGUGAAGGGCGGGCGGGAUGACUAUAUCACGGAGUUGGACGUGCUCUUUGGGGACGCACGCGCGUGGUGGGGGUUCGAGAAGGUCGCGACGCCCGUGCUGGAGAGUGAUGGGCGGAAGGAGACGGUGUGGGUGACGUACCGGCGCAAGUACCAAGCCCCGCCUAAGGCGCAGCCCCUCCACUUCUCGCAUGACGGCCGCUUCAAGAUCCUCCAAGUCGCCGACCUGCACUUCUCCGUCUCGCCCGGCGUGUGCCGGGACACGCCAGCGCCUUGCAAAGACUCGGACAACCGCACGCAGUCCCUCAUCGCGCACGUCCUCGCGGAGGAGAAGCCUGACCUCGUCGUGUUCACAGGCGACCAGCUGAACGGGCAGGGCACGUCGUGGGACAGCCAGAGCGUGCUCGCCAAGUUCGCGGCUGCGGUAGUGGAUGCGGGUGUGCCCUGGGCGGCGGUAUUCGGGAACCACGACGAUGAAGAUGGGGUGAGCCGCGCGGAGCAGGCAAGGUGGAUGGCGGCGAUGCCAUAUAGUCUCGUACAACCUGGUCCCAAGGACGUGCAUGGGGUCGGGAAUUAUGUGCUCAAGGUGAUGAGCGCGGAUGCAUCGAAGACGCAUCUCUUGACGCUCUAUUUCCUCGAUUCGGGGGCGUAUUCAAAGGGGACGUUGGAUUGGUUCGGGUUCUGGCAUCCGACCGAGUAUGACUACAUCCACGAGGACCAAAUCAACUGGUUCCUGCAAGAGUCAGCAUCGAUCAACGCGAUCGAACGGCCAUUCACGCCGGACGGUGCGAAGGAUCUCGGGGACAUUUGGAAGCGUCAGGCGACCGACCAGCUAACGCCUGACGCGAAGAGACUCGCGAAGCCUAACGCGCUCACGUUCUUCCACAUCCCUCUCCAAGAAUCGUACGGCGACCCCGACACGAACCCGUCGAACGGGCAGCCGCUCGACGUGGGCAUGCACAACCUCGAGCCGCCGGGCUCGGCGAAGAAGAACGAUGGGUUCUUCGAGAAGGCGCUGCUCGGCGCGAAGGAGAGCGAGCAUGUUGCGGGCGGGGCUUUGCCCGAGGUAAAGGUCGUGGGCAACGGGCAUUGUCAUAUCACGGAGAAUUGUAGGAGGGUUAGAGGGGUAUGGUUAUGCUUUGGCGGUGGAGGGUCUUACUCUGGAUAUGGCAAAGUUGGUUUCGACCGCCGAUUCAGGGUGUACGAUAUCUCGGACUACGGCGAGACUAUCAAGACGUACAAGCGCACGGAGCAGGACGAGAUCGUCGAUGAGAUGGUGCUUGCUGGGCGGGGAGCGCCGCCACCGUACGAAGGCGCAACCAGCUAAGACAGCGGGAUCUGGUUCGUGUGUAUUUUAGUUUUCCGUUUGCUGAGGCUUCGGUGUAUUACCAUUUUUUCGUGGCGAUAAUAGAUGGCGAAGCAAUAAAUUAUGCAGUGCACUAUAAUACACUAUCGUGAACAAUGUGAGUAGGCUCGUAAUGGUACCGCCGGCGUCCAAAUGGCUACAGAAAAUGUGAUAAACUGAAUGAAGAACAACGACAAAUUGCAGUGGAAGUAAGAAGAAUGCAUUGAAGCGCAAGAGAGCAGAUCCAGGGAGACUGACCGAUUGACUGGAAAACAUUACAGCGACGUAUGUGCACCGCACCUCACGACUCCCCACCCGACCCGCUGGCACUGGGCCCCGCCGAGCCUCCAGAGAACAUGGCCUUUAAUGCCAUCUCAUCCCUCCUCUUCCUUACCCGCUCCGCUUCCUCUGCCCCACCCGUCAUCCGCAGCUUCCCGCCCUUCACGAACCCCUUCAGCUCCUCCUCAAACUCGUCCCCCUUCUUCGCCAGUUCCCGCUCGCGGUUCUUCUGGCUUGCCUCGAUCGCCUUCAGCCGCCGCUCGGGGUCCACGCUCGCGUUCCGAAUCUCGAGCAUAACCGUGGACAGGCCGUUGUGCCCCUCCUCCGCGGGCGGCGGCAUGAACCCCACGCCGCCAUUCACAGGCCGCAGCCGCCCGCGAGAGCCGGGGCGCCCCGUCCCUCGCAGCGAGAUCACCUUCUCGAUGUGCCCGUACACCUCCAGCACCGCCUUCUGGUCCUCGAGCAGGUCGUUCAGGAACUCUUCCUGGUGGUUCAGGAAGCCCUGCUCCUCGACGAUGUUCUGCAGCUCCUCCUCCCACGUCUUCUUCCACAUCGGUUUGAUCGUCCCGAUGUGCUCGCGCAGGCUCUCAAGCUCCGCGCUCACGCGGUCGACGUCGUCCUUGAUCGCACGCAGCACCUGCGGCUUCGGCGUGACGUGCCGCUUCAGCACAUCGUCCUUGACGUUCUCGACCAGGUCCUGUAGCUCCUCCAUCUUCGUCAGCACGUUCUGCGAGCGCAUGUCCAACUUUGUCUUCCCGUCGUCGAUGUACUGCCGCGCGCCGCCGACCUUGGCCGCCGCGAGCUGCCGCACGUUCGCGGUCUGCGUGCGGAGUGUACCCAGCGACUCCUUCGUCUGUUUCAUGAACUCCGCGUAGAGUUGCCGCAUAAUGCCCAAGUCCCGCCGGAGAUUCUGCACUUCGUCGAAUUGCGUCUUAAGAUCGGCAACCACGCGGUUUGAGUACUCUGAGAGGACAGACCCGCCCGUGACCUGCGGCAUCACUGACUGACCAGUCAUAUUUGCCUGCAUCGCAUCGGGCGUGAGCGUGUUGUCGUCGUUAUUCACCAGACGAGACAGUCUGCGGGCGACGUGCUGGAAUUGACGGUCCGUAGGACGGUUGGGUGGUGGUGUACUCUCGCCUAGCGGCUGGCCAAUGAUCAUGGGGGGCGGAUGCGACAUCCGCCGGUUACUGCUAACCAGCGAUCGCAGAUCCUUGAUAUCUUGCGAUAGCGUGGUAAUUUGAGCAUCUAUAUGCUGUUUGAUUUGGUCAAGAGGUUCGAUGUUUAGGGACAGCAGGCAGUUCUCUUUGACCUCGUCCACGUCCUCUAACUCAUAUUGCACCCCACUGGACGGAUCCCGGAUGUAUAUCGCAGGAAAAUUCUCCAGGCCCGGGUUAUACGAGAACUUGUCUACGAACAGGACUCUCAAGGAUGAGAACGAUAACCCCGGCUCGAUCUUCACCUUCUUGACCUCUCGCCCGAGCUGCAAGAAAACAGGGAAAGACCUGGACGACCUCCCCUGCUCACCCUCCUUCUUGGCGGCCUGCUCCAGUUCGCCUGGGCUUUCCCCACGCUCACCCGACGGACCUGGCUCCGGAGUGGGCGCAGUCGAAGAUGGCAGCGGCGGUACAGGCGGCGCAGGCGGUUCCUCCGCAAUCGGCGACGUUCCCCCUCGAUACGCCCUCGACCUCCUCCUAAAGCUUCCUGUACUCGGUUCCAGCGC